AAACCGGCAGCUCCUGUACAGGCUCCUAGUUGCAGUUCGAGCAAGUCUCGGUCUCAGAGGCCCGGGGGCUCCGGCGGGUCUUCAGGACCGGAGCUACCCAGUCCCGGCGGAAGAUGGCCUUGCUGCUGGGCCGCCUGGGCGCGGGCCCCUGCUGGCGCGCCGUGCGGGGUGACUAUGGGCAGCUGCGCGCCUGGUGCCCGUGGGGCGCGUCCACGCGUGUCUGCAAGCUGCCUGGCACCGCUGGUACCCAGGCUCGCCGCGGGCUGGGCCACAGCCACUCGGCUGGAGGCGGGUCCCGACUGGGGACCGGGCUGGCCGCGGCGCUGGCGGGGUUGGCAGGGCUGGCAGUCGCCGCCUUUGGACAUGUGCAGCGGGCGGAGAUGGUGCCCAGGAGCUCCGGGGGGCGAAGCCCCUCACCUGGACGGCGUGGGGAGGACGAUGACGAGCUGGCCCGCCGCUGCAGCGCCUUCAUGACCUUGCCUGUGACCGACCUGCGGGAGCUGCGGAGGAGGCCAGAGGACAUGAAGACCAAGAUGGAAUUGAUGAUUAUGGAGAUCCAGGCCCAGGUGUGUCGGGCGCUGGCACAGGUAGACGGAGUCGCCGACUUCUCAGUGGACCGCUGGGAGAGGAAGGAAGGAGGUGGCGGCAUCACCUCUGUGCUUCAGGACGGCCGUGUGUUUGAAAAGGCUGGGGUGAGCAUCUCUGUCGUUCAUGGGAGUCUUUCUGAGGAAGCAGCAAACCAAAUGAAAAGCAGAGGAAAAACUCUGAAGAGGAAAGAUGGUAAAUUGCCAUUUACUGCUAUGGGUAUAAGCUCUGUGAUUCACCCCAAGAAUCCUUAUGCACCCACUAUGCAUUUCAACUACAGAUACUUUGAAGUGGAAGAAGCUGAUGGUAUCACGCACUGGUGGUUUGGGGGCGGAUGUGACCUCACGCCAACAUACCUGAACCAAGAGGAUGCGGUCCAUUUCCAUCGUACUCUAAAGGAAGCUUGUGACCAGCACGGGUCAGACAUCUACCCCAAAUUUAAGAAAUGGUGUGACGACUACUUCUAUAUAGCGCACCGCGGAGAGCGGAGGGGCAUCGGAGGCAUCUUCUUUGAUGAUCUCAACUCUCCAUCCAAGGAGGAGGCGUUCCGCUUUGUUAAGACAUGCGCUGAAGCUGUGGUUCCUUCUUAUGUACCCAUUGUGAAAAAGCACUGCGAUGACUCAUUCACCCCCCAGGAUAAGCUGUGGCAGCAGCUGAGGAGAGGGCGGUACGUAGAGUUUAAUCUGCUGUAUGAUCGGGGCACCAAGUUUGGUCUCUUUACUCCAGGGUCGAGGAUUGAAAGCAUCUUGAUGUCUCUGCCCCUCACAGCCCGAUGGGAGUACAUGCAUUCGCCCCCAGAGAAUUCCAAAGAAGCUGAAAUUCUGGAAGUGUUGCGCCACCCGAAGGACUGGGUGCACUGAUGCAGCAGAGCACUGUCCCAGGGCCUGCUGGACGCAGGUGUGGUCUUCCUGCACCAUUGCCACCGUGUGGCAGGCAGUCCCGUGUGCCUUACUGUUCAGCCUCUGGGCACCACCUCUGGAGCAUGUGCUUUUGAGCUUUUCUGAUGCUACGGGGUGAGGUGGCAAUGAUGGGUGGGCAUGUAAAAAUAAUCAGAUUCGUUGGAUCCAAAAUCCAUUUGUACUUUUUAGAAUCCUUUUCUAUGACCAUUUGAUCUGACAUUGGGUUUCCAGGUCUUAAGAUGAGGGAAUGUAUAUACUAUGAAAUGAACCAGGAAACUCUUCAUUUUCUUUGUUGCUUGAAGUUUUAGUUUUUUGCCAUAGAAAAUUUUUUGGGAGAUAGAUUUUAUCUUCAGUAGUUUACUUAGGUUGACCUUCUUGAUAACUUUAGGAUGCAAUUUCAAGCCAGG